UCAGUUUCAUAGGGACAAAUCUGCUGACAGAUGUCCCUUUAAAAUGUUACUUUAAUUGUAAAUUUCCACUGAAGGAAGAGAGUCACUGUGACUAGAGGUCCUCUGCGAUGGACUUGCUGCCACCAUGCAUUCUAUAGUCCUAGUAUUAAAAAGGACCUAAAACUUUGCGGAAGCCACGAAGGUGCAAUGUUUCUCAGAGCACUCUGCACCCUCAGGUUUCAUCUUUUCUGCUUGGAUUUUCCAGAAGGCAUGCAUAGAAAGUAUUUGGGAUCCAAACACGGUAGAAAAGCCAAACAGAGCCGAUGAAUCCCAAAGGUGCGGAAAGCUACGAGAAACGCUGCUGAAGCUUUGUUUUGGUCUCCGUUAAAUGACACUCGUCCAUGGACAUUUCAUUGCAGAGGAAAUGAGGGAUAACAGCAGGUUGACGUGAAUAGCCUGACUCGGAGCAGGUUUAUUUUAAGGUGGGGCGGUCCAGACCCCUUCUGCAUGCUGUGGAUUGUCUAUGUACAGAUUUCUUCCAUUAACUUCAGUGGACUGAAAUAUUUUGUGGACUUACUCGCAGAUUUGUUGGGAAUGUCAUCAAGCAUGAAUUUACCCUGUACACGCAGCCAAGGUUCCAGUGGUGGGACCCACACCUAUCAAGCAAUGUACCAAUAAAAUGUGGAGACAUCUCAAUUUCUUUCUCAAUGGAGGAAUGGGACUAUAUUGAAGAACACAAGGACCUUUAUAAGGAUGUGAUGGUUAAAAAUCACCAGUCCAUCAGUGCGGUGACAGUGCGAUCCAAUCUGAGCUCAGAUUUGAAAGAAGACGAUGUAGAUUGUGUAUCAAUUAAAGAUGGAGCUGAAGAUGUUGGAAAUAAAGAGGAUGUUGAGUCCCCAGAACUUUCUACACAGAGUCUUCUAGGUGACGUGAAUGACAACACACAGAAUGUUGAACCAGUGGAGAAGACUCCGAAGGAAAGUGAGGAGGAAGAAGAAAUCAUUGAUGUCACAGAUCAUUCUGUGGUCAGGGGAACAUUAGAAGAAUCCCACCAAGAAGUUUGUCUGGAAGGAGAAACUUUGCACACAACCUAUGUGCCUCAAGAGUUACAAAGAGAAGGUUUCACUAAUAAUUUCUCCAAUGACUAUGAUGUGGUAAAUCUUAUUUCUGACUCUGUCUCUGAUAAACCUAAACCAUUCUCUCUGAGCGAGAACUUCCACCCGGAGAACAGUGCAUCCUGGGAAAACGUCCAUAUCGUGAGGAGAAAAAGCCGAAAACAAGACUUGCAUUCCAAAAUUGAUUACCUAGGGUACGAACCACUAAAUGAGGACCAUCUGGAUGGGUUUGACAACGGCUUUCCUUGUGUCACUUUACACCAAGAAUCCUCAACGCCUUUUAUAUGUGGCGAAUGCGGAAGAUGUUUCAUCUCUGAGCUUUCCUUUACUGAGCACAUGAAGGAACAUUCCAAAGAAAAGCCCCAUAGAUGCUAUGAAUGCGGGAGAGAGUUUGAGUACAGAUCUCGACUGAUUGUCCACCAGAGGACACACAACGGGGAGAAGCCUCAUAAAUGUGAAUUAUGCGGGAAGGACUUCAACUACAGGUCUCGCCUUCUCGUACAUCAGAGGAAACACACGGGAGUGAAGCCUCAUAAGUGUAACCAGUGCGGCAAACAGUUUGACUACAAAUCCCAUCUCUUCAGACAUCAAAGAACACACACAUGAAGUGGAAGUGCCCCUCACCGGCCAGAAUUGUUACUAAGCAGGGGGUCACUCCUUUGUUUCUUCUCGUACAGGACACUGCUAUCGGAAUACGCCAGGUAUAUGCGCAAGUGCAGAUACACAAUGUGUGCUGUUUUCCUGCAGGCAGUGGAAGAUGGCUGCCAGCGCAAUUCAUGAGGUUUGAUUGCAAUUUGGGAAGAAUGGACUAAGAGAUCUGAUGUAGGAGAAGUCCUGCAGCCUUUAAUGACAGGCCAUGCUGACUGCCGUCACUAAUGCUAAAAGUUUUUUAGCCCGGUGUUGCAAACCCAUCAAUCUGUUGAUUGACGUCCCACCUUUCACAUGUGCAGUUGCCUAAAUACAAUGUGAGAUGACCGUUUGCAGAACAAAGCAGCAGUAAUAAAGGAUGUACAAUAAGAGUGACUCCUUUGCAUAAAAGUACAACCCAGCGAAUAUAACAUAGUCGACAUAUGGAGGAUGGUGAAUGGUACAGGAAGGUGGAAUUAUAUCGGAUGUUGAAGAUGCUUGGACAAGUUUAAAUGCACAUGUUCAGCCAUAUAUGGCUUAUUCUUAAAGGGGUUUUCCUGGAUUUUGAUACUGAUGACCUGUCAUCAGUAUCUUAUCAGUGGGGGUCCGACACCU